CGCAGGGAGCCAAUGGCGGCUGCGCGUCGCCGGGCGCGGUGGCCGAUGGGAAGAUGGCGGCUGGCAGCAGCAGCGGGGCUCCGGGCACUCCGUGCCGGCACCACGCACAGCUGGGAGCCUGCGAGUCGCGGGCCAAGUACCGCGAGGGGUGGCGGCCGCGCGCUGUGAAGGUUUACACUAUCAACUUGGAAUCUCGCUAUUUACUGAUACAAGGAGUUCCUGCAUUAGGUGUUAUGAAGGAAUUAGUUGAACAAUUUGCAUUAUAUGGUGCCAUUGAAGAAUAUCAUGCUCUAGAUGAAUAUCCAGCAGAGCAAUUUACUGAAGUGUAUCUUAUAAAAUUCAAAAAACUCCAAUGUGCAAGGGUGGCCAAGAAAAAAAUGGAUGAACGAAGUUUCUUUGGUAGUUUGCUGCAUGUGUGCUAUGCUCCAGAAUUUGAAACAGUCCAAGAAACUAGAGAGAAGCUGCAGGAUAGAAGAAAGUAUAUAGCAAAAGCAACAAAUCAAAGAGAUUGCUUUAUAUUAAAGAAAGUAGAAGGCCCUAAGAAGACAUCCUCAAAGAACUCUGAGCAAGAUUGUCCAUGGAUUACAUCGGGAUCACAUGUAGCCAGUAACUGGGAUCCAUCCUGCUUUACAAGUUCUCCUGGGGUAUCCCACAACAUAGCAUAUCCAUCUGGGAAUCAGGAUGAGAGCCUGUUAACAUCUCCACACUAUGAUAACAAUUGUACUGAAGUUCCUGGGUACUUUGGUCAAAACACAUCUUUAAGUCCAAGUGUACACCCAGGAGGACAUACUCCACCAGCUUCCUUAAUGCAGCAAAGAAUGGUUCCAGCUUACAAUGGAAUUGACAGGUUUAUGCCUCGUACAACUCAUCUGCAAGAACGUAAGAGGAAGAGAGAAGAAGGUAACAAGUUUUCCCUCGUUGGAACAAGUGAGGACAAUACUGAAGUUGUUAUUGGUCCACAACUACCAGAAAUACCUAAAGUGGAUAUGGAUGAUGAGUCUUUGAAUACUUCAGCUACAUUAAUUCGAAAUAAACUGAAAGAGGUAGCAGAUUCUGUUUCAACGUCUGUGGAAAAGCCAGAGAGCAGCUCAGCCAAACCACUUGUAAAGCAGAGAAGAAGAAUAUAGAUACUGCUGGCAGCAUCUUUCAAUAGUCCUUUUGUAAAGAAUAUAGUUUAAAAUACAUAUUUUUAUUAUAAAAAAUAAAACUUUUUUUAUACUGUGUUUCCCAGUAAUUCCCUGUUAAAAAUGAUAUCAGUUUGUUAUUUGGAAUGAGGAAACGAAUAUACUGUAUUAUUGUUGCAGUGUUGUCCUGUGUACCUCAUAUUGUAACAUAUUUUAUAACUCACAGAAGAACUCUAUUUAAGUAGAGUUACAGAAGUAAAUUCAUUUAUUUAAUAGCUUUAACAAUAAAGGAGUACUGAAGCUUAGGAGCAACUUGAAACUAUUACUGUUUUUACUAUGUCAUGAAGAAUAGUGAAGACAAAGACCCCUUUUAACACUAUGCAGCAAUGGAGUUACAACUUGGAGUUACUAUUUAGGAGUUUCCCGGAAAAUUUUCUGUUCAAAUGAGAUACUGCUCUGUAAAAAAAAAAAAAAAGAAAAAAGAGGAAAAAAGUUAAUUUUCAGUUAAUGAAAACUUCUAUUUAGUCAGAAAAGGUACUGAACUCAAAUGUGUAUGCAGUGAAGACUGUCUCUUGCUUUUUAGCUUAGAAAAAGUAAAUCCAUAGCAUUAAUGGUGUCAUCACUGGCAGACCAGCCAGAACAUUCAAAGUUAUAGUUGAAGGAGAAAUUAAAAUUUUAGCUGCUCAGCAGUAGGAGUGUGUCACCAAGGAAUGAUCUGGCAUGGAGGGCAAGAAGGCCCAGCUGCUGAAUGAGAUAAACUGGAUGGAAACAGGAAUGCUAGAGACUGGGAUGACAAUGUAAAGGACUGAAAUUUCCCUUAGUGAUGAGAGUAGUAUCUUAAGCAUUGUGUUGCAACAACCCUGGACUGGGAGUGCUCAGGGGAGUGUUUUGGGUAGCAGAACUGGCACUGACAGGAUGAACCCAACACUGGUCUAAGAUGCCCCAUGCUGCCAUUUACGGGAUUGGUGCAAGUGUCUGUAGGGAAUUGGCUUGUGCAGUUUUUUUUUAACUCAAAGUUAAUGUACCUUUAUGUCUGGCAAACAUGGUCCAAAGGCUUCUAAGAGAAGGUUUUCAUCUCUGACUGCUUUUUCAAAGUCCGUAAAAGAAAGCUUGCCAUCUUGAUCAUGGUCCUGCAAAAGGAAGGGAACACUUCAGCAAAGGAUUACUACUUGUACUUUUGUUUAACAGGUGUUUAAAUAACAUGGAUUCUAUUUUUAGUUUGAUUUGCAAAUUGGAGGUCAUCACUUUCUGCUCAGAAAUGGUUUGAUUUGCCUCUACCUAAGGCAAAAAGGGCAGGAUUGAAAAAUUGAAAAGAUGGGUUUAAAUAAAAAGAGCUGGGAUGUAGACCUGGUUUUAAGUGAAAAUUUUUGACCACCACCAUGGAAGGAGAGAGUAUAUAUCUUGAUAUGGUUAAAAUAUUGACAGACAGUCCCCGGCUGAUUCUAGAUCAAGCACUGUAAAACAAGCUUCACAUUAAUAACCUUGAGUUUAGCAUUACAUAAAUUGAGUAAAGACAUUUCAUGAUUAGUUGAUAAAACACAAAUAUACUUAAAAAUGAAGUUUUUGCAGAUGCCUGUACUGAUGGAAUAAAUGCAGCUUACACUUUUGAGUUUUCCACUUCUGACUGGGCUUUGGCUGUGACUGGGUAUGGACAGAUGUGUAUGCACAUAUACACAGGCAAGUUUAUACAUAAAGUUUAUAGUACAUUCACAUACUAAAUUAAUAGUCUCAUAUGAGAAUACUGGACUGGGACUCAUGAGAUCUGGAUUAUAUUUCUGUCCUUCCUCAGGAGACUUGGAAGAAUCCCACUGUAAAUAAGAUACUUUAUUUUGUUACCUCAUAGAAAGGUUUUAAGUAUGAGUUAGUGAAUGUUUCAAAGACCUUCAAGUAUCACAAUAAACAAGUACUUGCCAUUUU